UAGAGAAUAAAAUCCAAUCCGCACUGUUCCGUACACCAACUUCCUCAACGGUCAUAUUUUCACCGACAACCCUCUAACGGUCAUAUAACCAUGGCAUCCAUUCCAACCGUCUGAUCCUCAUCGAACGGCAACGAAACAAAAUUUCCAGUCUCUUCUCGAAACACCCCUUUUUCUCUAAGCCAUCAUUUUUUUCAACGCUGGGUAAAAUCUAAUCCAGUCAUGGAAACAGUGUAGUAUAUAGUAAAGAAACAAAAAUAGAGCCUCCUUUAUUUAUAUAAAAACCCACUUCUCAUGUGGUGUAUGGCUUUUUUUGGGUAGUGAGUAUUGAGGAGUGUCUCUCUUGUGUUUGAUCAUUUGUUUGUUCAAUCCAUGUUUUCAUUUGAAGGGUUCUGAUUUCUUCCCAUUCUGGGUUUUGGUUUAGAUUCAAAACCAGCUAUAAUGGACUUCUUAUAUUUAUCAAAUGCUGAUAUGAAUCACUUAAUUUCUCAUAAUGGCAGCUACCAAUUUGAGCAAGUUUGUUGUCUCUGGUGUUUCAUGCAUGGUGUGAACUUCAAUCUUUUCACUCAUCACAGCUUUUUCCAAUGAAGUCUUCCUCAAACUUUCAGAGUCCAAUGAUCAUUUUCCGGUAGGUGUUCAUAUUUUCUUCAAUUCUUUGAUUCUUUUUUUUGGUGGGAUUUUUUCGAUUCUCUUAUUCAUUGUAUACAUUAUUUAUCUUCAAUUAUACUAAAAUUCAUACACACAAAAGCUUUGAAGGGAUUCCUAUUGUUUUUUCACACACUCACAUAGUUUGUCUCUCUUGAUUUCUCUCGACAAAUUUACAUGCAAAGUUUCAUGUCAGUACAAAGAAUUUAUACAGAGUAAUCAUACAUUGCAUUAGUUUAAAAACUACAGAAACAAAGAGAGAGAUAGAGAGAGAGACAGAAACAUAGACAGAGAAAGGGUGGUAAAUUGGGGUUGAACAGAAGAGAGAAUAUUGGAAGACUGAAGAAUGUUGGCUGGGUGUUCUUCUACAUUGUUGUCACCAAGGCAUAGAUUGAGGAGUGAAGCAUCUGCACAGUUCCAAGCUUGCCAUUUCCCUUCAAUGAGCACAAAGAGAUUGGACUUGCCAUGUAGUUUUGCCCGAAAAGACACCUCUAGAUCGCAAUCCAUUAGGCCGGUGGGCCUAUCGGUGGAGAAGCCGCUUGAAGCCAAGACCAGUAGCUGUUCUCUUAAGCGCAUUAGACUCCCACCUUCAGUAACCCCGGCUCAGAAUGCGUUUAUCGAAGGCAGGAGAGAGACUAAGGAUGAAUUGUGGGAUAAAGGUAAGAGCUUGAAGAGGUUUGCUGAGCAGGGCUCAUUUGAUGACGAGUCAUGCACCAAUAGAGCUAAGAGAAAAAAGGCUAGUGUGAAAUCUGACAAUUCUCCAGAAGGCCGCGACAAUUUGAGUUUAGGCCAACUGGGUAGUGGGAAUUUUUGGUUUCAGCCUAGUUUUGAGGUACCCCAAUCCUUUCCAUUGAUCACGGACCUUAAAACACCUGAAGUUCCUUUCUCUCUGUCAUAUUCCAGAGAGGAAGAGAGGGUAUGCUUUGUGCCUAGCAAUGUGAUCUCGCCGCCUUUGCCUUCUUCCAACAACCCUUGGGUGGAAUCUGUUGUGACUGAGAUUACAGACUUAGGUGACAAGAAUGUUGAGACUAGCCACAGGCCUGUAAAAGAAGCAUCCGGAUCCAGUACUUCAUCUGAAAGUCAUAGCUCUGCCCUUAAGCUGAAGGAUAACCCCUCCGAGCACGAAAUAGGCAAUGGGUCAAGGCUGCCUAACCCAAAUGAAGGGGCUGAGAUCAUGGCAGGCGACACAGACAUCCAUGGGGAGCAUGAUGAGUUUGAGCUCAUCAGCUUACUCACGGCUUGUAUUGAAUCAAUCAGCUCGAAGAACCUUGUCGGCAUUAACCAUUUUCUAGCUAAAUUGGGGGAUCUUGCUUCUCCAAGAGGGUCUCCAAUUAGCCGUCUCACUGCUUACUAUACUGAAGCUUUAGGUCUGAGAGUUGCAAGGCUUUGGCCCCAUUUUUUCCAUAUCACUAUCCCUCGGGAGUUUGAUCGGGCUGAUGAGGAUGGUGGCACUGCAUUAAGGCUUUUGAACCAGGUGAGCCCAAUUCCAAAAUUCAUUCAUUUCACAUCAAAUGAAAUCCUGUUGAGAGCUUUUGAAGGAAAGGACAGGGUUCACAUUAUAGAUUUCGACAUUAAGCAGGGGUUGCAAUGGCCUAGUUUGUUCCAGAGUUUGGCCUCUAGGUCUAAUCCUCCUAGCCAUGUUAGAAUCACUGGUAUCGGCGGAUCCAAACAAGAUCUAAUCGAAACAGGUGACAGACUUGCUGGAUUUGCUGAGGCAUUGAACUUGCCUUUCGAAUUCCAUCCAGUCGUUGACAGAUUGGAAGAUGUGAGGCUCUGGAUGCUUCAUGUUAAGGAGAGAGAAUGUGUGGCUGUGAAUUGUAUUUUCCAACUACACAAGAUGCUUUACGAUGGAAAUGGAGGAGCGCUUAGGGAUCUUUUUGGUCUAAUUCGGAGUACAAACCCCACAAUCGUUCUUAUGGCAGAGCAAGAAGCAGAGCACAAUGACCUCAGCUUGGAGAUGAGACUUUCCAAUUCGUUGAGAUACUAUUCUUCCAUUUUCGACUCAGUUGGUAAUAGCCUCCCAUUAGACAGUUCAGUCAGGAUCAAAAUAGAGGAGAUGUUUGCCCGUGAGAUCAGGAAUAUUAUUGCCUGUGAAGGAAGCCACCGGAUUGAAAGGCACGAAAGUUUUGACAAGUGGAGGAAGCUGAUGGAGCAAGGAGGAUUUCGAUGCAUGGGAAUUAGUGAGAGAGAACUGAUUCAGAGCCAAAUGCUGUUGAAGAUGUACUCUUAUGAGAAGUAUAGUGUGCAAAAGCAAGGACAAGAUGGGGCUGCGCUUACGCUAAGUUGGUUAGAUCAGCCUCUUUACACCGUCUCUGCAUGGGCACCUAUGAAUGUUGCAGGCAGCUCAUCAUCUUACUCUCAGCCAAGUUGAUUGCCGCGGCUUUCUUCUUCUUCUUUAGACAUUCUUUCAUUCCAUUCUUGCAUACAGUAAAGGAGACAUAAUUCUUUGUAGGUAGGGAAACCUGUCAUCAUUCUUUCAUUCUUUUGUUGCAGAUACGAUUUGAUAUAUCCAGUAGAGCAAGAACAAUUCCUUUGCAUACAUUAGCUAGCUUGGUACAGGUUCCAGUCUUUUCAGGCCAGAUUUCUAGAUUUCAGCUUGUACUUUUUAGGAGUCAUAUUUGUGUUUAUUCUUCGAUUCUUUAUGUAUGUAUGCUGAAAUUCUUUCAAAAUUCUAUUAUGUAAGUUCUGUAUUCUUUUGUUGAUGGAUUAAUAUAUUAUGUCGAACCAUGUAGUUCAA